AUGCCCACUGGUCCACCACCUAGUGUGCCUACCACCCCUCCUCCAUCGGGUACUACUAGGGCGAAUACGAGUGACGCAGUCGUCACCCGCUCAGUCACUUCUCGUGCGAGUACUACAUCAACGAGGACCUCUGCAACCGCCACUGCCACCCCAGAGUCAGAUGGGAUGAGCCUUGGAUCAAUUGCUGGUGCCGCUGCCGCUGCUAUCAUUGGUAUCGGUGUCAUUACGGCCUUCGUCAUCUGGUUCAUUCGUCGCCGUAAGAGGAACAGCGACAUUGACGAGGAGCCCUUCAACCGCAACUCCUUCCUUCGACAAUCGACCGUAAUUCCAGAUGACGACGCUCCUCCUCCAUCUCGCACUCGCCCAGCCCCUGGUCCCAGCAUGGUUGAACGUCAACCGACACCCCUCUAUGGAGCACCUAAUCCUUAUAACGAUAUGGGUAAUGAUGGAUUCGGAUACAAUACUCAACCAAGCUAUAAUGGCGCUCCUGGUCAAAUGUACAAUGGUGGCUUCGGACCGGGUGGUGCUCCAGCUACUCCUCUUCCCAAUACACCCGGCUUUGGAACGGCUUAUGAUCAAGGAUUCAACAACAACGGCGGCUAUGCGGAAUUGACAAGAGGAAACACUCCACAUGACUACCCACCUUCACCCCGCGGAUAUGAGCAGUAUAACCACCACCUCGAGAGCCCUGCCGCACCAUCGUUCGCUGGACGUGACAAUUUCCCUUCACCACCGCCAACUGCCCAUGGAGCCGAGACCGUCACAGGACAAGAUGCUGUCUACAAGUCAGGCCCCACCUACCCUGAAUUGACACCGGCCACUGCCACUGCCCAGCAAGGACAAUUUGUAACUGUCAAGGAAUCUGCUCAUGAUGGUCGUGAGACUCCCGUACAGCUUGGAUUUGCCCCUGCCCAGACUCAGCCUAAAGCUCCGGCCCCGACUGCCAAGAAGCAAAGACCAGAAAGCUCAAUGUACAAUGAAGACGAUGCAUAUGGUGGAAUGUAA